GAAAAGGUGGAAAAAGUACUUAACACGCAGCGGCUCGAGACCUGGUGCAAUAGUUAUCAGCACACACAUAUUUGGAAAAAGCGCCAUGGGAUAUAUUAUAUAGAAGAGCAGUUGAAACAGUACUUAACACGCAGUGCGUUCGCAGUUUUAUUUGGUUUGCAACAGACGCAUUUUAACGGAAAGAUAGUAAAUCAAUUGCGUUCUGGCGGACUCGCAAAGUGCAAAGUGACACGUACACGUGUGCGAAUCUCAUAAGCGGAGGAGAUUAGGCCAGUCGGGCGCCCAGGGCUACUGAACGAAGAGGAUAACGAUUCAAAAUGGAAGACGGUCACUCGAAAACCGUCGAACAGGCUCUCAACUUUUUCGGCACAGACGCCGAGCGCGGUCUCACCCUCGAUCAGAUCAAAGCUAACCAGAAAAAAUAUGGACCGAACGAGUUGCCGACUGAGGAAGGAAAGAGCAUCUGGCAGUUGGUCUUGGAGCAGUUCGACGAUCUUCUGGUGAAGAUUCUGCUUUUGGCAGCCAUCAUUUCAUUUGUUCUCGCGCUUUUUGAGGAACACGAAGACACGUUCACUGCAUUUGUAGAGCCCCUAGUUAUUCUGCUUAUUCUGAUAGCCAACGCCGUUGUGGGAGUAUGGCAGGAAAGGAACGCCGAGUCCGCCAUCGAGGCUCUCAAGGAGUACGAGCCAGAGAUGGGCAAGGUGGUGCGUCAGGACAAGUCCGGUAUCCAGAAGGUCCGCGCGAAAGAGAUUGUGCCCGGCGACCUCGUUGAGGUUUCUGUCGGUGACAAGAUCCCCGCCGAUAUCCGUAUCACACACAUCUACUCCACAACCCUUAGGAUCGAUCAGUCCAUCCUUACUGGUGAGUCUGUUUCGGUCAUCAAGCACACCGAUGCCAUCCCCGACCCCCGCGCCGUCAACCAGGACAAGAAGAACAUCCUCUUCUCCGGUACCAACGUUGCUGCUGGCAAGGCCCGCGGCGUCGUCAUCGGCACUGGCCUGAGCACCGCCAUUGGCAAGAUCCGUACUGAAAUGUCCGAGACUGAGGAGAUCAAGACCCCCCUGCAGCAGAAGCUGGAUGAGUUCGGAGAGCAGCUGUCCAAGGUCAUCUCCAUCAUUUGCGUUGCCGUUUGGGCCAUCAACAUUGGCCACUUCAACGACCCUGCCCACGGUGGCUCCUGGAUCAAGGGCGCCAUCUACUACUUCAAGAUCGCUGUCGCUCUGGCCGUGGCUGCCAUCCCCGAGGGUCUGCCCGCUGUCAUCACCACUUGUCUGGCCCUGGGAACCCGCCGUAUGGCCAAGAAGAACGCCAUUGUGCGCUCCCUGCCCUCCGUCGAGACCCUGGGUUGCACCUCCGUCAUCUGCUCUGAUAAGACCGGUACUCUGACCACCAACCAGAUGUCCGUGUCCCGCAUGUUCAUCUUCGACAAGGUUGAGGGUAACGACAGCAGCUUCCUGGAAUUCGAACUGACUGGUUCCACCUACGAGCCAAUUGGUGAGGUUUUCUUGGGCGGACAGCGCGUUAAGGCCGCCGACUACGAUGCCCUGCAGGAACUGUCCACCAUCUGCAUCAUGUGCAACGACUCUGCCAUUGAUUACAAUGAAUUCAAGCAGGCCUUCGAGAAGGUCGGUGAGGCUACUGAGACCGCUCUGAUCGUUCUGGCUGAGAAGUUGAACAGCUUCAGCGUAAACAAGUCUGGUCUGGACCGCCGUUCGGCUGCCAUUGCUUGCCGCGGUGAGAUUGAAACCAAGUGGAAGAAGGAAUUCACCCUGGAGUUCUCUCGCGAUCGUAAAUCCAUGUCCUCGUACUGCACCCCCCUGAAGGCCUCCCGUCUGGGCACUGGCCCCAAGCUUUUCGUCAAGGGCGCCCCCGAGGGUGUCUUGGAGCGUUGCACACACGCCCGUGUUGGCACCACCAAGGUCCCACUUACCUCUGCCCUGAAGAGCAAGAUCCUGGCCCUGACUGGUCAGUAUGGUACUGGUCGCGACACCCUUCGUUGCUUGGCUCUGGCUGUUGCCGAUAGCCCAAUGAAGCCCGAUGAAAUGGACCUUGGCGACUCCACCAAAUUCUACCAGUAUGAAGUCAACCUCACUUUCGUGGGAGUCGUCGGCAUGUUGGAUCCCCCCCGUAAAGAAGUCUUUGAUUCCAUUGUGCGCUGCCGUGCCGCUGGUAUCCGUGUCAUUGUGAUCACUGGUGACAACAAGGCUACUGCCGAAGCUAUCUGCCGCAGAAUCGGUGUGUUCACCGAAGAUGAAGACACCUCUGGCAAGUCGUACUCUGGACGCGAAUUCGAUGAUCUGUCCCCCGCCGAACAGAAGGCCGCCGUCGCCCGCUCUCGCCUCUUCUCCCGUGUGGAGCCCCAGCACAAGUCCAAGAUCGUUGAGUUCCUGCAGGGCAUGAACGAGAUCUCCGCUAUGACUGGUGAUGGUGUGAAUGACGCCCCUGCCCUGAAGAAGGCUGAAAUUGGUAUUGCCAUGGGUUCUGGUACCGCUGUGGCCAAGUCUGCCGCCGAGAUGGUGUUGGCUGACGAUAACUUCUCCUCCAUUGUGUCCGCCGUUGAAGAAGGUCGCGCUAUUUACAACAACAUGAAGCAGUUCAUCCGCUACCUCAUCUCCUCCAACAUUGGUGAGGUCGUGUCCAUUUUCCUGACUGCCGCCCUGGGUCUGCCCGAGGCUCUGAUCCCAGUGCAGCUGCUCUGGGUUAACUUGGUUACUGAUGGUCUCCCAGCCACUGCCCUGGGCUUCAACCCCCCUGAUCUGGAUAUCAUGGAGAAGCCCCCCAGGAAGGCCGAUGAGGGUCUUAUUUCCGGAUGGUUGUUCUUCCGUUACAUGGCUAUUGGCUUCUAUGUCGGCGCUGCCACUGUUGGUGCUGCCGCCUGGUGGUUCCUGUUCUCGGCCGAGGGCCCCAACCUAUCCUACUGGCAGCUGACCCACCAUCUGGCCUGCCUGGGCGGUGGUGACGAGUUCAAGGGCGUUGACUGCAAGAUCUUCAGCGACCCCCAUGCGAUGACCAUGGCUCUGUCCGUGCUGGUGACAAUCGAAAUGUUGAACGCAAUGAACAGCUUGUCUGAGAAUCAGUCGCUGAUUACCAUGCCCCCAUGGUGCAACCUGUGGCUGAUUGGAUCGAUGGCACUCUCCUUCACUCUUCACUUUGUUAUUCUUUACGUCGAUGUCCUCUCCACCGUCUUCCAAGUGACACCGUUGUCUGCAGAGGAAUGGAUAACUGUGAUGAAAUUCUCAAUUCCUGUAGUUUUAUUAGAUGAGACAUUGAAGUUUGUUGCUAGAAAAAUCGCAGAUGGUGAGAGUCCUAUAUAUAAGAUGCAUGGGAUUGUGUUAAUGUGGGCUGUCUUCUUUGGCCUGCUGUACGCUAUGAUGCUUUAAGAAUAUAAUUAUAAUACAUAAGCCCAAAUUCAUUAUUCUAAUUUCUAGUAUAAAAUGUUACUAAAUAUAAACAGAAACAAACAACCCACAAUUAUAUACAACUAACGUAACGACUUUAACCCACAUGAAGUUUGUUCCAAAAUAUUACUGACUUCAACCACCACCACCACCAAUCCCCCCCUGGUAUCACAGAAUUGACUGGUGAUACCAUAAGAUGGGCCGACUGACUCACUACUUUUUGGCUUUUGGCUUUGAACAAACAGCGUUAAACGAUCAAUACUUUCUAUGAGCUAACGAUUUACCUAACACACGUACCCACACCCAAAACAUACAAGAUAUAUUUGUGUUUGUAUAUUAUUAAAUUUUAGCAGGAUUGCUUAUUGUACAUACAAUGCUAUAUAAACGUAAGAGAGAGAGUUCCACACCGGUAUAUAUUUCGAUUACAUUAGUUAGAUUUUUUUCAUAUAUCUUUUAAAUGGGUUUGCCAAAAAAGCAAAAAAUCGCUGGAGUCAAGAAAUGAGACGGCUGUUUGUAUAGAAAAAUCAAAUUUAUUCUCAAAAAUCCUAAAAGAAAACAAUUAUUCGUCUCUGUGUUUAGUAACUAAAAUACUAAAAUGUAGAUUAUUAAAUUAUGCAUCAGAACAAAAGAUUUUAAUUGGUAAAAGUGCAAAAAACAAGUCAAUAUUUUUUUAAUCCAUCUAUAAGUCAAGUCCUAAAUAUUUUUCCUAUCGAAUCUAAUGUGUAUGUUAAUGUUUUAAAAAAUUCAAAUGUGCGUCCUAAUGUGUUUCUUUUCAAAGAGUAUUUUUUUAGCUUGAAUUGUCGUCUACUUAUGUAGUUAAACUCUCAUACUUUUCAAUGAUUUUCAAAAUCGUAAUAUUGGUUCAUUCAUUCCAUUAAUGUAAGGAUCUAUUUUUUGAGCACAAGAUAUUAGUAGAGUCCAUAGUCUCGGCAUACACACGGCAUUCACUCCCAGACAUCGCUUGGAUGUCCUUAGUUUCAAUUGGUAUUGUAUUGUAUGUACAUAUAUGAGCAAACAAAUAGGAACAGGGCCGUUGGCGAUCGUACAUAAAUGCAUAAUGCAUCCCAGAGACACAUGUUCUGUAAUGUACCGAGAAAAUAAAGAUACAAAAAAAAUGAAAAAAUA